UACGCUGGAAUUUCAGAGCAGGGCAGUUAAGCUUGGGCCCAGUCUCUGUUUGUCUGGCAGGAAAAACCCAUGACAGGAAAAUCCCAUGUACUUUACCCACUUCUUGAGUUCCUCAGUACAAUUCAACCUGCUUAGGAGUGUCUUAUGAACCAGGCAAGUUUCUGAACGCAUCAAAGUUCGGGGGUUUAACACUCACAAUGUAAACUUCUGAGCAAUUCUCACAUGAGUGGCAAAAUUUGAUAUGAUUUGAUAACGAGAUUCAAAUGUGACAUGUUUUUUGUGGGUUUCCGUUGAGUAUGAUAGAGUUUGAGUUAAAUUUGUAUUGAUUUGUAUAACUUAGUUAAACAUGUUGUUUUUGGAUCAAUCCAUUUAACACGAAUUUGACUUGAAAGAUUUAUUCAAUAAUUGUAUUGAUUAAUUUGAUUAUAGUCAUAAUUUAUUUAAUUCAUAUUUGACUCAUUUAAAAUUUGAUUUUACAUAAAUAGGUGAAUUGAGCCCUAAGGAUAUUAGGCUAGGAGGUUAAUUAUAUUAAAUUAAAUAAGAUUAUCAUUUAAUAAUUAGACCGGUUGUAUGAUGUGUUAUUUAUUUAAUAAUUAUUUUUCGUGUCGUGUUUUGGUUACCUAUGUAAUUAAUGGAGUGUUUGAAUUUAGACAUGAUACAAAGUGAUGCACCAACACUAGUUGCCACCCCUAUUUUCUCCAACCUAAUCACCCUAUCAGUCAUCCUUUGGCUCUUCAACAAUUAUGGCUUCAAAAAGUAUGGCCAGUCCAAAUUUAUUUCAGUUGAAUGCAGAAGACACGGUGCGUUGGGUUUUUUAAUUCUUGUGUCCGCAUUCUGAUUCAGCACCCACCAUUUGCUUUCAGAUUCCGAAACUUGCACAGAGGAUAAGCAACAAAGUCUUAUUAUAUGUGAAGCCGCAAAUGGUGGACCAAAAACCAAUAGCACUACACAGACUUGGCUGCUUUGCCAUUCUAAAAGCCAUGACAUGGCAAAGAACCAGGUGACUAGGCAUCGUUCGACCCGCUUUCCCCGUCCCAUAUGGCCUUCCACCAAGCAUAUAGAGACGGGUUUCAAAACUAUGCCACAACUAAACUUCCACUUUACCCAAUUGGUCAGCUGAGAGUUUCCCAUUUUCAAAUGACUCCCACCAAACCAAUUGACCACUAUCCUUUUAAUGCUGUGUGAGUCAUCAUCAAGAAUUGACCUCUUCAAAUCUUUGUUUGCAGGUGAGCCGCACAAAGUGUAGAUAUGUGAAUCACAAGAAGAUGGGUGGACUUUUUGUGCUGAAUGAAACUUCCCAUGUUACCUUCUUCUCCAUAUGCAGAAUUAACUAACGCAUGAACAUCAGAAACCAGUGCUUUUUGGCUUAGGCAGCGGAUGAUGGCGCUGCUGAGUAUAUAUUCGAACUUGUCGGUACUUGAUCAAGAACAUGAGGCUCCAAAUCAGUAAUCUUCUCUGAACCUAUUAAUCUUCUGCCAGUUGAAAUGCAGUCCUCCAAAGCAUUGUUCUCUUCUUGCUUCAUAAACAUCUUUCUGAUCUCGUCUUCCUUCUGUACUAUCUACCUACUUGUGUUGCUUUACCUCAUCCAUGCUUCUGAGGUUGCCAACAUACCGGACUCAUCACAGGGUGUCUCUGCGCCUACUUCUCUUGAGCAUCUUGUUUUUGGGAUUGCUUCAAACCAGGAUUCAUGGCUGGAGAAGAAGAACUAUGUCAAGCAUUGGUGGAAGCCCCAGCAAAUGAGGGGAUGUGUGUUUGUUGACAGCAUGCCAGGCAAUGAAAGCUCCUACAAUGACAGUAGCUCUCUUCCUCCAGUAUGCAUAUCUGAGGACACUUCACAGUUUCGCUACACCUACAGGCAUGGCCUUCCGUCGGCUAUUCGUGUGGCACGAGUUGUACCAGAGACUGUGGCACUUAAUCAUUCUGGUGUCCGGUGGUUUGUGUUUGGGGAUGAUGACACUAUUUUCUUUCCGGAGAAUUUGGUGAAGACUCUCUCCAAGUAUGAUCAUGAGCUAUGGUACUAUAUAGGUACCAACUCAGAGAUUUAUGAGCAGAAUCGACUGUUCUCCUUUGAUAUGGCUUUUGGAGGAGCAGGCUUUGCUAUAAGUUACCCUCUUGCAAAAGUUCUGGCCAAGGUUUUUGAUUCAUGCUUGGAGCGGUAUCCCCAUCUUUAUGGAAGUGAUUCCAGGGUAUAUACUUGCUUGGCAGAGCUUGGUGUAGGGCUGACACGCGAGCCUGGUUUUCAUCAGGUACUAAUUUGCCAACUUGAUGCAUACAUUUACAGAUUGUUGCCUGGUUUUCCCUUAAUUUUGAGCAUUUACUUGUACUUGAAUUGUGACCAGGUUGAUGUUAGGGGUGAAACAUUUGGUUUGCUGGCUGCACAUCCAUUAGCACCCUUGGUUUCUUUCCAUCACUUGGAUCACGUUGAUCCCAUCUUCCCCAACAUGACAGCAAACCAGGCUAUAGAGCAUUUGUUUGAAGCUGUAAAAGUCGAUUCUGAGAGGGUCUUGCAGCAAACAGUCUGCUAUGAUAGAUGGUUUUCAUGGACUAUCUCAGUGUCAUGGGGGUAUGCUGUUCAGGUGUUUGAGAACCAUCAGUUUCUGCCGGAUGUUCUUCGUGCGCGCAAGACUUUCAGGCAGUGGAAAAAGGGGAGUGUGUUAUCAGAAUCAUACACUUUCAACACAAGAGAACUUCACAUAGACCCUUGUCGAAGACCCACCAUUUUCUUUAUGGAUAGUGUUUCUUCUGGUAGAGAUGGAAUUGAGAGUAGUUACAGGCGAGAUGCCUCUGAUGGCUGCACCUUACACAUGGCUUCACCAAAGAGACUUGAAGAGAUCAAAGUGUUUUCACAUAAGCUAGACCUUAAAAUCAAACAGCUGCAGGCGCCAAGGCGGCAUUGCUGUGAUGUGUUACCUUCUUCACAAGGCAAUGUGUUGGAACUUGCCAUUAGAGAAUGCAAAGAAGAAGAACUUAUCCACAUCCAUUGAUGGUAAACCUUAAAUGAAGAUGAUAACUACAACUAUAGGUAGAUAUUUCCACAACCUGGCAAUUCAAUUUAGCCUCAUGCUCAAUGCAAAACUAAUGUGAAGGCAUCGAUACUAAUAAGAUAAGAUCACAGAUCACAGAUCACAGAUGGGUGUUACAUUUUUUGUUAUAGAAGAGGCUUAGGGAAGAUCAUUGCACAAGGCCAAUAGGCUCAUUGUGAAGAACUUUGAUGCAACUUCAACUAAGCUCAACGUAUUCUGUAAGGAAACCUGCGAUUGAUUCAAAUAGAAAUUCAAAUUCUCUGUAAUUUUUCAUGGAAA